AUGUAUCAACAACAUCUUACAAGGCGCUACAUUUGUUUCAAGGUCGUCAACGUUUCUGACUGGUUAUGCAUUUGCAUUAUUGAGUUACAUCAAAUUCCAUUCAAUUCAAUGUCAACAUCUUCUGGAAGUGGAAGUCGACGUAAUCGAUUAAAUCUAACUCUUCCAAAUUCUGCUAUCCAAUCAUCGGAUAAUUGUUCUUCUAUCAUUGAUAAACCGCCUCAUGAAUCGGUUAAAAAUACCGAAUUAAAUAAAUCUUAUGAUAGUGUACAAGACACGAUAAAACAAACUGGAACUUCUACAAGAGCACUUCUUUUUCCAGCAUUGAAUCAAUUCUAUCAUGAUAAUAAUGAUAAAGGUGAUAAUAACAAUUUGACAAAUUCAUCUGAAUCAUUAAAAACAUCACAACAACCAACUACUACUACUACUAGUAAUAGUAGUAGUAGUAUGUAUCGACCAAGUACCACUGCUCAUCAUCCACAUUCACAUUCACAUUCAUCAGUACAUCGUAAAAUUCCACCACCACUUACAGAUUUACGUUUAUCACCAAAAAAAAUUCAUACACCACCGUCAAGUGAUAAUUUGUUUCAUUCAAAAAAUGAUCGAAAUAAUAAUGAAAAUCGUUAUUCCAAUCGAAUUAGCACUGGACCUGUUGAUGUUGCUGAAGUUUUAAAACAGCUAGCCAUACAAGAUUUAGAUGAUAAUCAACGACGUCGUUUAAGUGCAUUUGUUGCAGAUAAACAAAAAAUUGGUGAAUUACACCCGGAAGACUUUGAAAAACUGAAUGAAUUAGGCAAAGGUAAUGGUGGUGUAGUUAGUCGUGUACGUCAUAUUACAACUGGUUUAAUUAUGGCAAAAAAAAAUAUACAUUUAGAAAUUAAACCAAUUGUUAAAACACAAAUUAUACGUGAAUUACAAGUAUUACAUGAUUGUAAUUCUCCAUAUAUUGUUGGUUAUUAUGGGGCGUUUUUUGCCGAUGGUGAUAUUAGUUUAUGCAUGGAAUAUAUGAAUGGUGGCAGUUUAGAUAUUGUACUAAGCUAUGCUGGUCGAUUACCCGAGCCGAUUCUUGCAAAAAUUUUAUAUUCUGUUAUACGUGGCCUAGUUUAUUUACGUGAAGUAUUACAUAUUAUACAUAGAGAUGUCAAACCAUCCAAUAUCCUUGUCAAUCGUACAGGUGAUGUGAAACUAUGUGAUUUUGGUGUAAGUGGUCAAUUAAUCGAUUCACUGGCCAAUUCAUUUGUCGGUACACGAAGUUACAUGGCACCGGAACGUUUAACCGGUGAACAAUACAACACAUUAAGUGAUGUUUGGAGUUUAGGAUUAUCCUUAGUUGAAUUGGCUACUGGUCGAUAUCCAAUUCCAGCUAUUGAAGAUGAUCAAGUGUAUUUAAGCGCUUUCAGUUCACAGAGAGAAGUGAAUUUGGAACAACAUUUAGAAGCAGCUAAAGAAGGCAAACCACUUCCUGCUGUCAAUAAUCCAAGUUCUGGUCCAAUGGCAAUAUUUGAAUUAUUAUCGUAUAUUGUUGAUCAACCACCUCCUCAUCUACCACAAUUUUGUUUCUCUGAUGAUUUUAUCGAUCUGGUGAAUUUAUGCCUACAACGUCCAGCGAGUGAUCGACCUUCAUUAGAUAAUUUGUUAAAGCAUAAAUUUGUUGUCACAGCAGCUGGUGCUUGUCCUUCCGGCAAUGUUCAACGUCAAAGCACUGUGAUCGAUGUACGACAAACGAACACUGGCGUUGAUUCAACUCAAUGCGAAGAUCCCAUCAAUAUUGGACGAUAUCUUUGCGCUAUCCUACCACCACAAGUCUCCACAGAUGAUGUUGUAGCGAAUCAAACUUCUUUCUAAUGCCUCUCCUCCUUGUUAUCGUCACCUGUAAGAGCCAUACACACAGCGUCAUUGAGAAGAACAAAACAAGCUGAGUCGACUGAUGAAUCCGCACAAAAACGUCGUCAUCUGUUUAUUUAUGUUUGUAUGUUUGUGUGUGGGUGGGUGGUGUUUGGUGUUAUUUAUCGCAAAACCAUUACUUACUACUUACUACUUACUACUGAUGUGUGUACGUUCCUUGACACUACUAUUUUUAGUAUCCCUUAUUUAUUUUCAAAAAAAAAACUGAACCUAACUUUUCAUGCACAACACAUUUUUUUUUGUUGUAAAUAGUUGUUUCUUUUUCUAUGAUUUUGAGAACCCUUCGGUUAGAUUCCGCCAUCCAAUCUCGCUCCGUGCUCAUUUUAUCGAUUUUUUUUUCAUAUUGAAUUUAAUUUGAAAAUAACCGCAUCAUUGAAUCUCCUCGUUCAAUAGAAAAAAAAGCACAGAGAAAAUGUUUUUUUUUCGUGUUUUUAUUUAUCGAAAAAAAAAUGUUUCCUCGCUGUUUGGUUUUUUCUUCUUUCUAUCUUUGUGAGUUGAAAGUCAACACAAAAAUAACAAAACCACAUUUUCUAUUUUUGCUGAUGAUGAUGAUGAUGAUGAUCGAUCAUUCUACUCUCUGUAUUUUGUUAUUUUGCUCUCUCCUGGUUGGUGGUUAUUCGGUGAUUUCUCGAAAUUGAAUUUGAAUUUAAUCAUCCGCGCACGCACACACGCACACACAUACAGUGCAAUGUAAUUUCCUUUUAUUGUUGGUGGUGGUGGUUAGUAUUUUACAUCAACAACCAACCAAUCUUGUAUAUUUUUUCUAAUCAUGUUUUGCAUAAACAAUGUUAUCAUGUUUUCCUCUUGUGAUGCAAUAAAUCACAAAUAGUUUGUUUUGUUUUGACAG